AUGAAGACCGUAUACCAAAUUCAAUAUCGCGGGAUCUCGGUGAAACAGGUGAACGGUUGUCUCUACGCCGUCAACUCUUCAUAUCUAUGCAUCUGCAGUCGGCUGCCCCUCAAGUUGCCCACCAGGCAGGCCAUACGAAACACCCACUGUUGUGACCCCUCCAAUCUCCGCAAGAGUGCUGGACAGUGCCGCGUCGCUAGCCUCGCGGGUUUCGAAUCGCUUCAAAAAAGUGCCGCGGUCCUCACGCAAUUGGCGGGGAUUGGCUCUGGACUUUCAGCGGCUACCCAAGGGGACCUUGUAGCGUCUGUUCUGCAAUCUUGGUUGGGAGGCUCCGUACUGGGUUACCAGCCUAUAGUGCUGCCUUGCCUAGUUCUCGCGCGCGACGAGUCACACACUAUCACUUUCACAAACAAAUGUGGAUACGGCACUCCCACCCUGCGAGGCCAGGAUGGAAGCGUCCUUUCGAUGGGAGAGCCGUAUACCAGCGGCGGGGCUGUGGGCGGCCUCAUCGCCUACUUGCAGACGGGUGAAUGCGGAGAGAACGGCGAGGGAUGCACCCUCAUUGAAACAAAUCUGGCGAACGGAUGGAGCAGCACUGACAUCUCGCUUAUUUCUCCUCAUGCAUUCUCGGUGACGAGCGGCUUCGGAUUUUACAAUGGCUGCGACGGCAUUGGUGCUGACUGCGCGUACGACGGUUGUCCCGAAGCGUUCUACUCUGCAGACCAGACGUAUGUCCAAGUUGGUUGUCCCUCCGACAACGUCAACCUUGCCAUCACGUUCUGCGACUGA